ACGCGCGAGCAGGAGCGCGUCUACCUGCCCGAGCGCGCCGCCGAGCCCCUGCUGUCCCUGGACGAGGAGGUGGCCCUCGCGACGGAGGUGCAGGCCCUCGUGGCGCUGCGCGCGAAGCGGAGCGAGCUGAAAGCGGCGCUCGGCCGCGAGCCGUCCGGCGGCGAGUGGGCGAACGCGACGGGCUACGCGAACUACGGCGCCCUGCGGACCCGCAUGGGCCACAUGAAGGCCUGCCGCGAGGAGCUCAUCCAGCGGAAUUUGCGGCUCGUGCUCUCGGUCGCGAAGCGCUACGGCGACUGCGGCCUCGCGUUCACGGACCUGUGCCAGGAGGGCAACUUCGGCCUCGCCAAGGCCUGCGACCGCUUCGACCCGUCCAAGGGGUUCCGCUUCUCGACCUACGCGGUCUGGUGGAUCCGCCAGGCCGUCGCGCACGCCGUCGCGCACCAGUCGCGGACGAUCCGGCUCCCGACGCACGUGCACGAGAAGCUGCGGCGCAUGAAGAAGCACAAGGUGGCGCUGGAGAAGCAAACCGGCCGCGACGCCACGGACGACGAGAUCGCGCGCGAGAUGUCGCUCGACGCGGACAAGCUCCGGCGGCUCCGGCGCGCGGCGCGGGGCACGGUGUCGACGGACGUCGACGCGGAGAAUUUGGGCAGCCGGCGGGGCGCGGCGCCGGGCAACGGCCGGCGCGGCGCGUCCUACGCCAGCGGCGCCCAGCUCGCGGACCUGCUCCACGACGCGACGCAGCACCCGGAGCGCGACGCGGCCGAGUCGCUGCUCAAAGACGAGGUGCGGCGCAUGCUCGACGACGACCUCGAGGACCGCGAGGAGGACGUGCUCAACCGCCACUUCGGCCUCGACGGCCGGAGGCCCGAGACGUUGGCGGAGAUCGCCGUGCGCUUCGACCUGACGCGCGAGCGCAUCCGGCAGAUCGAGAAGUCAGCGUUCGCGAAGCUCCGCCAGCCGCACCGGUCG